CGACAGCCUCGUAUCAUAAACAGGCUACUAAGCAGCGUUAGCUAGCUUCCAUAUCUAACGACUGAUAGUUGACCCACAGCUGGCUUGUCGUCGCUUUAACUUUUUGAAAGCAACUUUUACAACAACACGAGUUGACGAACGCAGCCGAAUAGGCAACCCUUUCUCCAUAAAAGUCAUGGCGUGCGGAGCAACCCUAAAGAGGACCAUGGAUUUUGAUCCGCUGAUGAGUCCUACGUCCCCCAAAAGACGAAGAUGCGUCCCUGUGGCUCCAUCGUCUUCAUCCCCUAGGAAGUACCUCAGCAUGGAGCCUUCGCCAUUUGGGGAGUCGUCCUCAAGACUUAAUGCAGAACAAAUCCUCAACAGCAUCAAACAAGAGUACAAACGUAUUCAAAAGAGGAAGCAUCUAGAUGGAGGCUACCAACAGUCAGAGUGCUGCUAUUCUCCAGAAUCCCCAUCCCAGUCGUCAACUAUGCAUGUUUCAAGCAUGCCAGGGACAUGCUCCGGAGGUGUCUCUCCAUCUAGAAAAGAACAGCCAUUAUUCACCCUUAGACAAGUUGGAAUGAUCUGUGAACGGCUGCUGAAAGAAAGGGAAGACAAAGUGCGGGAGGAGUAUGAAGAGACCAUGACCUCAAAAUUGGCAGAGCAAUACGACACCUUUGUCAAGUUCACACAUGAUCAGUUAAUGCGACGAUUCGGGGAGCAGCCUGCAAGCUAUGUUUCCUGAGUGUGGCACAGAACAUUUGCAAGACAGCCUUCUCUUGCUGCAAGCUAUCGUGGUAUUUCAACAAAGAAAAAUAAAUGCUCACCAUUGUAAGAGAUUCAGUUUAGCUAGUUUAAAUGAGACUUUCUUACUGUGCCAUAUAUCUGUCUUUGGGCAAAAGUUUAUAUGAAGCUGUUGUUGGUUGUUACCACUCUUGUAAUCAACUAGGUGCUUCCUAAUGUAAAUUAAUGGACCCUAUCUCUACCAGUGGCCUCUGUUCCUACAGCUGUACGUAUAUCUACAGUUAUCUCACUUUUGUAAUGAUUCCCAGCAUUCCAGGCUUUCUCACUUGUUUCCGUUUGUUACGUGUAAAUAUGAUGAAGCAGUGAAGUUUUACACAAGGUUUGCUGGUCGGUCUGACAGUAAGUGAAUGAAAGAAGUUGAACAGUGUGUUUGCAGUUUGUCCUCUGCUCAUUGCUUUUUUUAAAUUGAGCAUAAAGUGGGCUUAUUUGCUUUCUCAUUUUUUCCCUUCAGUGUUUUUAUUUAUUUUGAGAUUUUUUUUUUCUGCUGGUAUCACUUUGAAACUGAUGUACUUAAUGGAAAAAACCCAAUAAAAGAUCUUAAGACUUGA